AUGUCACGUACAGGUGCGUUGAGCGAGAAUGAGAUACAGACAGAGAUGAACAAGAUGGUCGCGUUCAUCUCCCAAGAAGCCAGAGAGAAAGCGAGGGAAAUACAGGUGAAGGCGGAUGAAGAGUUUUCCAUUGAGAAGGCCAAGAUUGUCCGACAAGAAUCUUUAGCUAUCGAUGCUCAGUAUGAGAAGAAACGCAAGCAAGCUGAAGUGGGAUGGAAGAUCGCUCAAUCCACAGCACUGAACAAUUCCCGUCUUCAAGUCUUGCGAUCGAGGAAUGACCACCUAGAGACGAUUUUCGAAGCCGCCAGACAGAAAGUAAAAGAUCUCAGUUCGGGAGAGAGCUACAAGACCGCCAUGGAAGCUCUGAUUCUGGAAAUUCUACUGAUGCUUCUCUCCCCUUCCGUCACCCUGGUCCACCGUCCCAAAGAUACCGAUCUCGUCAAGUCUGCCGCUUCUACCGCUCAAACAAAAUACAAAGAGCUCUCAGGUAGAGAGUCCAAGAUCGAGUUCGAAGCUUCUCUCCCGGACGAUUCUGCUGGUGGUGUCAUCGGGUCUAGCAUGGCGGGGAGAAUCAAAGUCGACAAUACAUUGGAUGCGCGAUUGAAGAUCCUCGAGGAGAAAAUGUUGCCCGAGCUGAGGUAUGAUCUGUUUGGUGCGAAUGAGAAUAGGAAGUUUUACACUGUAAGCCCUUUCAAAAUAGUUCAGGCAAUGCUGAUGAUAGUGAUACUAAGAACAUGGACCAUGCAUCAAUUGAGUAGUCUAGCCUCUGUCCCCUUCCUUUGUUUCUUGCCAAGGAUGACAGCCUCGACUUAUAUGGCAUCACGUUUGAAACUCAAGGCAGAUGUAAAACAUCAACUCAGUAUGGAUUGGAAAGUGUUUGACUGCUGGCACACCUCGUGUGUCUUCUCUCCCGGCUAUAGCAGACGCCGAAGGUAA